GCUGCGGGCCAGCCUGAACUACCCUCCACUAGCGAGAGCCUGUCUCAACACCCCCCAAAUCCAAAAUCUCCCUUGGCUCAUGUGAAAAGCAGGAGUAGGGGCCACCUGGUGAGAGUGGGAGCCAUGCCAAUGGGUGGGGUGCAGUGAAGGGGCACAAGCGGAAGGGAGGGCCCUGGGCCACCCCACUCCCUGCACCCUCCACAACCCUCCUGUGAGCUGAGGGUGGCCUGACCCCUGUCUUACAUCCUGAGAAGGCUCCCAGACCUCCUCUCAACUAUAGAACUUUUCAGUGACCACAGCUCCAUGGUGGAUGUCCCUGUGUCUGCCACGAUACAGCGUGCAGGCGUGGGCCCGGGUGUCUGCACCCCACCCCCAUGGCGGGGCUGCAUGAGGCCAGACAGCGGGGUCCUGAUAACAGGGCUCUUUGCUUCUGUGCCCGGCCACCUCCGCUCGGCUCCUGACAACAGGCCAGGGCCCUAAGAGAGGUGCCACUGCUCCUGCUAACCAAUGUCCCACAGCAAAAGAAGGUCGGUCCUGACCGGAGGGGUCUCCUGCCUGUUCCUCCGGGGACUGCUCCACGGUGGUGAUGCUGCCAUUGCUGCCUGCAGCGGAUGAGCCCCUGGACGUGGUCCAGGUAACCAGCUGCCUGGGGGAGGAGCUGCUGCGGCUGCUCCGAGAGCUGUACAGAGCCCGCGUGCUGGGUGAGUGGCACGGGCUUGGCCACCACCUGCGGGGAGCCCGCUGGACUAAGUGCUGCCCUGGGAACCCCUCUGCUCUGUGGGAGCCUCCACGGCCAGGUGCCAGGGAAGCCCGCAAAAGCUCAGUCUCACUGUGCUAGGCCUCGAGGGUGCUGGCCUUCUGAGGUCACUUGGGGACACAGAGCCUGACCUCUGUCCAGAAUUUAAGAACCAAUCCCAGGCCCAGCAGAGGGGUGUGCAGAGCGGUCAGGCGCCAGGCCAGCCCCUUCCCCAUGGGCCCUGCCGGGGAAGCAGAAGGCCAACCUCCAGUUGCAGCACAGCGGAAGGCUGCUAAUUGGGUCCAGACUUGCUGUAAGGUUGGGCCCUCAGCCAAGCGUCCUCCUGGGACUGGGGCAGUUCUAGGAACCCUGGGGGAAGUGUGCAUCCUACUCAGCCUUGCUGGAUGACCUCCAACUCCGCUGACCUCUCUAGGACUCCGUUUCUGACUAUGUGAAGCCCAGGCAGCACCACUGGGGUGGGUAAGGAUUGCAGCCCUUGAUAGAGCCAGGGUGGCUCCAGGCCGGCCCGGAGGGGUUUAUGUGGGUGGGGUCAGCCUGAGGCUGGUGGAGGGGAGGAGUCUCCCUCGAGGUUGGGGCACACUGACAUCGGGGGCCAGCUAUUGUCUGCUCAGCCUGCCCUGGCUCCUCUCCCCAGACCACACCAUGGUGGCCGGGGCCCGGCACGUGGUGACCUUCGAUGGCUGGGUGUGGGACCGCACUGCCCACUGCAGCAGCCCCCUGCUGGCCAAGGACUUUGCUCACAACACAUUCUCUCUGUGGCUAAGCUGGUGGGCUCGGGGCCCUGCCCAUGGAGCUGAACCAUACAACCCUCGUCCUCUACCCCAGCCUGCAGGGACACAGCCUGUCCCGCUCCCACCCCAAAGUAUCUAUGCCGGCCUCCUGGGCACCAACGACAGUGAGGCAGGUGACGAGCUCACGCUGAUAGAUGGCACUCCGGUCGAGCCUGCGGAGCUGGCCCAGGCCUGGCAGGUGGUUGGGGACGGUAGGGCCACAGAGGACAACAGCCAAGCCCGGGACAGAGCUCCCUCUGCCAGGCCGCCUUCCACGACCUCCACUCCAGCCUGGGGACCUGCUUCCGGGUGGUGAGUGCAAGGUCAAGCCUCGUGGGGGCCACCCAGAGGGGCCCCCGGGCAAGAGAGACCCUGCCCAUUCUUUUGGUGCCACCGAGGGUCCCCGAGCAAGGGCAGUGACUGUGCCCGUGCCUCUGCCUCCAGGAUGCCUGUGACACCCGGGGCGGCCACCUCUAUCCACCUGUGCACCCAGGGUGCCCCUAGUCACUGCUCCACAGUGCAGUAAGUGAGGCCCACAGGCACACUGACCCUGGCCGGGUAUGUGCUUCCCUCCCUUUCUCUUAGCCCCUACCAGGGAGGACGCACACUCGAUCAUUGUACAGGGAGCCGGGAGUCCACACUAAAGGGAGAUGCAAAGACGCAUUCAGCAGAAAGAGACAAGUCCAAAGCCUGCUGUGCUGUGUCUGGAGCACCCUCAAAGUCACCUGGAAGCUGGGCGUGGUGCCACAUGCUUAUAAUCCCAGCACUGGGGAGGCUGAGGCAGGAA